GCUGGUUUUAGGGAAAGAGGGAGUUGUCCUCACAGCAGAGGGGCGUUUUGGUGUCUGUUAGAUCCAGUCAGUCCUGACUCAGUCAGCCAGCUUUGGACUAUGUGCUUUUUCUUUCAUGAGUGACAGUUUUUCCCCAAAAUUCCUGUCAUCCCUGUGUGGGACUGCUGGCCCAGUUGCCCUCCUCGUCCAGGACCAGCACUCCUUUGCAGUUUGUUUAAUCUUCUCUUGACAACAAGGAUGGAGUUAAGUCCCAUCCCAGUGGUGACGGUCCAAACGUCCCCCUUUGAGGACCAGCGGCCCGGUACCAGCGGCCUGCGAAGGAAGACGGCUGUGUUCGAGGGGAAGAGGAACUACCUACAGAACUACAUCCAGAGCCUGCUGUCCUCCAUCGACCUGCGGGACCGGCAGGGCUGCACCAUGGUGGUGGGCAGCGACGGCCGCUACUUCAGCAGAGCUGCCACCGAGGUGAUAGUGCAGAUGGCAGCUGCCAACGGGAUCGGUCGUCUGGUAAUCGGUCACAACAGCCUACUAUCCACCCCCGCUGUUUCCUGCAUCAUCAGGAAGAUCAAGGCGAUCGGCGGCAUCAUCCUCACCGCAAGUCACAACUCCGGUGGACCUGGUGGAAACUUUGGGAUCAAGUUCAAUGUGGCUAAUGGAGGUCCGUCCUCAGAUACAGUGAUGGAACGCAUCUCUCAGGUGAGCCGGACAUUGGAGGAGUAUGCCAUCUGCCCUGAUUUGCGGAUUGACCUCUCAAGGCUGGGGAGACAGGAGUUUGAUCUUGAGAACAAGUUCAAACCUUUCAGAGUUGAAAUUGUAGACUCAGUUGAAGUGUAUCUCCAGCUGCUCCGAAGCAUCUUCGACUUUUCAGCCAUAAAAAGUCUCCUUACAGGACCUGACCAGCUGAAGAUACACAUCGAUGCAAUGAAUGGAGUGAUGGGUCCCUACGUGCGUAGGAUCCUGUGUGAUGAACUCGGAGCUCCUGCUAACUCUGCAGUCAACUGUGUCCCUUUGGAGGACUUCGGCGGACGACCUCCUGAGCCCAACCUGACCUACGCCACAUCUCUGGUAGAAGCCAUGAAAGGAGGGGACUUUGGCUUUGGGGCUGCAUUUGAUGCAGAUGGGGACCGCUACAUGAUCCUGGGAGAAAACGGCUUCUUUGUGAAUCCGUCAGACUCGGUUGCCAUCAUGGCUGCUAACCUCUCCACCAUCCCGUACUUCAAACAGCAUGGCGUCAGAGGCUUUGCAAGGAGUAUGGCCACCAGCUGUGCCCUCGACAGGGUAGCGAAAGCCAUGAAACUGGCUUUGUAUGAGACUCCUGCAGGCUGGAGGUACUUUGGAAAUCUGAUGGAUUCUGGCCGCUGUUCCCUCUGUGGGGAGGAGAGCUUCGGGACAGGCUCCGAUCACAUUCGUGAGAAGGAUGGGUUGUGGUCGGUUUUGAUGUGGUUGUCCAUCAUGGCAGCCAGGAAGCAAAGUGUGGAGCAACUUGUCAGAGAGCACUGGGCAAAGUUUGGACGCAACUACUUCUGCAGAUUUGACUACGAAGGCUUGGACCCACGCGCAGCGUUUUACCUGAUGAGGGACCUGGAGACUGUUAUUUCGGACAAAGCCUUCACCAGUCAGAAGUUUGCCGUGGGGGAGCGCAUUUACAGCGUGGAGAGGGCCGAAAACUUUGAGUAUAUUGACCCCGUGGAUGGAACAGUGGCGCGGAACCAGGGUCUGAAGAUCACUUUCACAGAUGCGUCCAGAUUGAUGUUUCGGAUGAGCGGAAGUGAUGGAGGGAUGGGCGCCACCAUCCGUAUUUAUGCCGAGAGCUUUGAGAGAGACAUUGAGCGACACAAUCGAGAGACUCAGGUGGUGCUCGGUCCGCUUAUUGCCAUCGCCCUGAAGAUCUCUAACAUUCACGAGAGAACUGGCCGCGGUGGGCCAAACGUCAUCACAUGAGCUAGCUAUGAGACACACACACAUGCCAAAUAAACAUCUACCUGCUCACACUGAAAAAUCCUCCUUCAGUGACCUUAUUCUGUUCUUAUCUGCCAUCAAAAAAUGCCAUUUCUGUCGCUUCACAGCCGGUUUUGUUUCCCUAUAACGUAGACUGAACAACAAUAUCAACUGAAGGAGUUUGAAACACCCAUUUCAAUUCUUUGUUGACAGUUUUUGACCUGUUGUGCAGAAUAAGCAGGUGAAAAUAUGUCAACCAUAAACAUGACUGUUCAAAAUGAUUGCCGAUGUUUGUUGCUUGAUGCUCUCCUGUUCCUUGUGCAUGAUUUUCAAUGUCAGAUUCUUUUUUUAUGUAUUCACUCUUUAUAUUGUUGUUUUAUUCCAAAUCUGUUUUAAUUUUUUGCUUUUAAGACUGUUACUUUUAAAAUCCCAUGUGGUAGCUCAUAUCAGGAGGGUUAAAAAUUUUAAAAAUUAGUGUGAAAUCGCUAAACUUUCUUUGCAAGAUAGGGAACUUUGCCAAAACUGCAUCCUUUUUUUGUCUGAUCUGUAUGAUGAUGUCAGAAAACAUCUUUUUGUUAAUCCAAAUAAAUAAAAAAUGCCUGC